AGGAAGAGGAGCCGCGCUAUAAGAACACAAGCAGCCCCAGCAGCAUCCACAUGAUGAAGAGGAGGAGGAGGAGACCGGGACUUGUAUUUUGUCCCGUUCGACUCCCGUUAAGAGAAAGCCCAUCAACGCAGGCUAACGACGACUGACCCGAGCGAUGCCGGCAUUGCUGGUCGUUGUUCCGGACAAGAAGAAGUGUCUCAUUCCGCACCUGAGCAGAGGACAGCAGCGCUUUACCUGCCUCUUCAUCACCAACUCCUCACUGCCUUCUCCUCCAUGUCAGCACUUUCUCUUUCAGCCUGACAAGUGCGGAACAAGUACUCAAGAUGUACCAGGGCCAUUUACAGGGCAAAGACUCUAGAGCUGCAGAUAGGACUGUUGCCAUGGUCCUGAAGGAGAUACCAAGUAAGGCGUCGUCAGAAGGGAAGCCCCUCCUCACAGUGACUACCAAGCUGGUGGGGGAGCAACAAGAGAGCCGCCCUCUUCUGAGUCCGUCUAUUGACGAUUUCCUCUGCGAGACCAAAUGCGAUGGACUUUCCCGCCCAGUGACGUCCAACACAGCAGUUCUGUCGUCAACGCUGGACCUGCUGGACCUGAGUGAGCCCAGCGAGCAGCGGAACAACAAGGAGAGGAGGAGUCCUCUUUCAUCGCGGAGUGACAAGCUGAACAGUCCUCACAGGAAGAAGACGGCCGAGACGGAGCUGAUCCACGUGGAGGUGGAACAGAGCGUGCAGACACCAGAGAGGGCGUCGCUGGACUCGGGUACGGACGCCGCGCAAACAUUCCAAUACGGAAUUAUCGUUGGUUCACCGCUGGAUAAAUGGGAAGACCUGAACCCCAACCCGGAGAGGAACGGCAACCGCAAGUGGAAGUUGGAGAGACGGCGUUCUUCAAAGAACUCUUCCAGUGAAUUUCUAUGGUCCAUUGACUGUAAAACGCAAUUGGAGCCGUCCAAUAAGAACUGCGUGGAAGCAAACACCAAAGCGGAGCCGGAGUCGGCUCUAGCAUCUCAACUCAACAGGCAGUAUAUUAGUGGAAGACAUGCUCGUCUAACCAAGGAUCAGCGGUGGGGCAGCGCCCUUUUGUCCAGACAUCAGUCCCUGGAGGAGGAGUUUGAGCGAGCCAAGGCUGCUGUUGAGUCGGAUACCGAGUUCUGGGACAAGAUGCAGGCAGAGUGGGAGGAACUCGCUCGACGGAACUGGCUCACGGAGAACGAGCAAGGCCAGAUUCCCUCCACGGUCUCGCCCCACGAGAAGGGUUACUACUUCCACACGGAUAAUCCCUACAAGGACUUGCCUAAUGCAUUCGAGGAGGGGCUCAAGAAGUCUCGAGAAGGAGACUUGCCAAACGCCGUGCUCUUGCUGGAAGCAGCCGUCUUGCAGGACCCUCACGAUUCAGAGGCUUGGCAGGUGCUGGGCACCACCCAGGCUGAAAAUGAAAACGAGCAGGCGGCCAUCGUCUCCCUCCAGAGAUGUUUGGAGCUCCACCCCAACAACCUCGCGGCCCUCAUGGCCUUGGCGGUGAGCCUGACCAACACGGGGAUGCGCUACGACGCCUGCGAGGCCCUGCUCCGCUGGCUGCGACACAAUCCCAAGUACAAGCAGCUUCUGAAGGGCAAAAACCACCUGCUGGGCUCGCCAAACUCCCAGCGCAGGAUGUCGCAAGCGCCCAACGUGGGCAGGCACGAAAGCGCCAUGCUGCCAGAGGUCAAGGAGCUCUUCCUGGAAGCAGCGCAGCACAACUCCGACACCGUGGACCCAGACUUGCAGACAGGCCUCGGGGUGCUCUACAACCUCAGCGGCGAGUUCAACAAAGCGGUGGAGGCCUUCAACACGGCCCUGUCAGUGCGGCCCGAGGAUUACUUACUGUGGAACCGACUUGGGGCGACGCUGGCAAACGGAGACCGGAGCGAGGAGGCGGUGGAGGCGUACACGAGAGCUCUGGAGCUACAGCCCGGAUUUAUCAGAUCCCGCUACAACCUGGGAAUCAGUUGCAUUAACCUCGGCGCGCACAGAGAGGCGGCCAGCAACUUCCUGACCGCCCUGAGCCUUCAGCGGAAAAGUCGGAGUCGCCAGCAGUCCCACCAGGUCAUGUCUGGAAACAUCUGGGCCGCCCUCAGGAUAGCUUUAUCCAUGAUGGACCAACCCGAACUCUUCCAGGCUGCAAACAUUGGCGACCUGGAUCUUCUCAUGCGAGCCUUUAAUUUAGACAUGUGAGGAAUGCUGAGGUAGUGACGCCUGCAGAUCCUUUUUCCCCCUAGCCAGUAGCUCAACACCCAAAGUGGACACAUGAGGACGUAGCGCCAGCAAUAUCAGUCUGAGUUUUUAACGCACGAGGCUCCGUCUUUCACCCCAGUUAUCUCGGCGCCGCCGGCGGUGAGGACAGGUUCUUCCAAGUGCUUGAUGUGAUGGAUUGGAUGAGCGAUGCCUCAGAGAACACAGCAAUUAAAGACGGGCUCGUGCGGCGGAACGCUCACGUUUGCAAACAGCAGAUGAGGUUUUUGGGAAAACGGACACAGUUCUCUGAACGGCUCUUGAAUGGAUUCAGAGAGAAAAACCCAUUUCUCUUCCCGGCUUCCUUUUUGGAAAAACGGGGACAAAUGCUCCUGCAUGACUUCAGAAAGUCUCCCUUUUUGCACUUGAGACAAACAGAUAACCUCCUGCAUUCACGUGGAAUGUGCAAGCCAGGUUGUGUCAGCCUUACUCCAAAAGCAUGCCCGCAACAUUUACUCAUGCUCGCUUUAUGGCAACACCAACAACACGAAGCCACGGCAUCCUUUGCAUCGCAUCGCUCUGCCUUCCCCUCUUCAGUCUUCAGUCUGCUUGGAAUCUCUCAGUCCCGCUUUUGUUUUCACUUCACUUCCUGCUGCGCAACACAAACCCCUUCAUCAUCAGGACACCAUCCCUUAUUCAGUCCGGUUCUUAUGACUCACUCACUGCAGUGAAUCGGGUACUUCGUUCACGUGAGUCAUUCGUCACAAAGCCACAACUUCCACCAGUUUGACAGCCAAGUUAUAGACAUGCUCGGCGAGCACCCGUGAGUCGGUGAAAUUCCAGUCUGUGGAGUACUCGUGAGUCCGUGUAACUCGAGUCUUCGUCAAGCGCUAGUGAGUCGAGCGAAACUAGUCUACGUCGCACAGCCGUGAGUCAGUGAAACUCCAGUCUUAGUCGAGCACCUGUGAGUUGGUGAAUCACGAGUCUUCAUCGAGCACCUGUGAGUUGGUGAAUCAUGAGUUUUCGUCGAGCACCUGUGAGUCAAUGAAAGUCGAGUCUGAGCACUAGUCUUCAUUGAACACCGUGAGUUUGUGAAACGAGUUUGUUGAGCAACAGCGAGUCAGUUAAAUUCUAGUCUUCGUCGACUACCCGUGAGUCAGGUGAAACUCGAGUCUUCGUUGAGCACCCGUGAGUCAAUGAAACACGAGUCUUUGUUGAGCGCUAGUCUUCGUCGAGCACCAUGAGUUUGUAAAACAAGGUUGUCGAGCACCCGUGAGUCAGUGAAACUCGAGUCUUCAUCGAGCACUCAUGACUAGUGAAACUCUAGUCAUCAUUGAGCACACAAGUCAGUGAACCUCGGGUUUUUGUCAAGUAGCCUCGAGUCAGUGAAACUCGAGUCGUUGUUGAGCGCCAGUCUCGCAGCUCGGACAGGAAGGAGGACAGGAGGUUUGCUUUGAGGCAAGGACCAGGUGGGGAGGGGGGCAGUAAAGCCAUAAUCUCCUGCUGCACCAACCUUGUAUUUGUGGAAGAAGUCCACAGCAGGUCAGUAAGUUCCCCUCCGUCUUGUGUCUGAAAGUAAAGUCAGCCAGUGAAGACGGGCUGGCGUCCUCCCUUCCAGCUAGAUGGUAGCUAAUCUCAGCACGUUGGUGUUUGACAGGCGUGGCUGCAGCCCUGGGGGGCUCCGGGCAGGGAGGGUGUUUGUUUCUGAUACCUAUGCAAAAGGUCAUCUUUUAUAUUUGUCAUGCCGUCUGCCUCGGCGGACCCUUCAAAAAGGAAAUAAAUAUCUCUGUCUCGCUCAGAAUGCUAUCAGGGGAAGCCAGAGCUCCGCACGCCGGCCAUUCAUCUUCCCAAUCGCACGGCCGUGUGCUCGCAGGUUGAACAAGGACGAGUAUUUCAUGAGGACACCUGUGCGGGACAAAACAACAGGAGAUAAAGCCAGCACCGAAGACGCACACGAGCACGAUCCAUUAAGCGACCUGUUGUGUCUUUUCGCCCCAAGCAGCGUCUUUGGCCUCGUUUGCCAACGCCGCGCUAUCAGAGUAGCUCGCUGCUCGCCGUAGUUGAGGGAAACGGAACGAAUCACCUCGGAACGUUACUCAGUUUCAGGAACGGUGACCAGGGAGCGCAGGCGAUGGACACACGGCGUUUACCGAGUGGGACCUUUCUUCUUCAUUGUGGUGACAUGAUGGUCGUGUUUCAGCCACCAAAGGUGUCCUUUGACAAAAGUACACACUUUACUUUGCACAAUGGAGGUUCAGUGAGCAUCUCCUCUCUCAAUGUAGGAAGUCCGUUUAAAGCGUCUUUAAAUAUCCCCCUUCUGUCCCCAACGGCCUCAAGCUGCAGGAAAAUACAUUUUAUUUCAAAAAUGAAAAUAAAAUAUGUAGAUACAUUUCUUUGGUUAUUUUACUUGACAUUCAUUUUUAUUUAUUCCCACAUGAAAUAUACGUACAUAAAUUGGUCGUUAUUUUGGGGGUUUUGAACCCUUUAAAAUGAAUGAUAUAUAUCAUUAUUAUCUGGGAAAAAGUGAUUACUCAAACAUCACAAACUUGUAAGUAUAGGUAUUGUUUUUAUACCACACACACACACACACACACACACGUACACACACACACAUACACACACACAUGCACACACACGCACAUACACACACACACGCACACACACACAUACACACACCCACAUGCACACACACGCACAUACACACACACGCACAAACACACACGCACACAUACACACACACACGCACACACACACAUACACACACACGCACACACACAUACACGCACACACACACGCACACACGCACACACACACACGCACACACACACACAGUAGAAACAGUAGAAAGCAGAGAAUGGUUGCUGCAUGCUUUGAAUGGGAAAGAUGCAGCACCAUCUGGUGGAACAUAAAAGAUUGCAUUCGUUUAUGUUGAGAAAAUUAUUAUUUUUAGUGCCCCCCCCCCAAUUCUAUUUACUGUGGAUGUAAUGAACACCACGCUACAUGAUGUCAGUGGUCCAGAAGAGCGGGGCGGGGUGCCCGGAAGACUUCAGGAUAGGCGCAGCAGCUUGGGAAAAAUCAAGAAAAUAUUUCUUUAAAACCGCUGAGCUUACUUCAGUGAAGUCCAAAAGGUGGAAUGAAUGGAUUUGUACUUCCUACAGUGAGAGAGUAAACAAAAUACGCUCCAGAAAGCCUGUUUUUCCUGGGGAGUAGCUAGCUGGGUUAUACGGUGCAGCCCGCUUAGUCGGACGCGUUCGUGUCGACUGGCUCAUCAAAAAUGUUGAUUUUCAAAGUUGACGGCUUUUGUGGAUAAAAUGGGCCCGCUGUAACGGAGUGGGGCCGCUGCCAGCCAACGACAGUCGUUAGCGAUGACCACAGACACGCCUGAAACCCAGACGGCUGUGACUCGUUCGUUUCCUAGAGGCUAAAUGUUUGAAUCCUUUCGGAAGGAAUGAAAAGGACAGCGUGGGAGGUGUGGGGAGAGGGCGUGUCGCAGACCUCCCCCUCCGGUCUCGAGCGUGAAGUGAUGAACGGCUGCCAAGACAACCCGAACAGUCCAUCUGCGUUCGAUUCAACGCCCUGAGAGUAACCCCAACCUCCAUCGCCUGCAAGUCAACGUGCAAGCAGCGGUUGUCCGAGUGCGUCGACUUGAAUGCGUUCCAUCUUUUGAGGAUGGAUCACCGUCAGGUGACACCACCAGGACGUCCCCACACAUUUGUCCUCCGUCCCCGCUGCUCGAUGGGCUCAGUUAUGGCCAGGAUGUGCCGGUUCGACGCCGCCUGGCGUUCUGCUUUCAUGCUGAUGUUGCCAGAUAGCCCAUUCUUCUUCUCAUUCUAGCGGUCAUGUCCCAACGCAAGCCACUCACAGGAUGAUGUCCCUUUUCAAAAUGUACAAAAUACUAUCUAGUUUUCUUGCAGAGGUUGCUUUUUUUUGUUUUGCUUGAACGAAGAAGUUAUUUUUUUAAAAAGAAACCACCGUUGAGCGAUGCUUUUCUUGUUUUUCGGUAGAACAGACUUGAUGAACCCUCUCAGGUGACCUAUCAUAGCGCGCAUGCUCCUGAGGACCGCAAACGGGCUCCAUUGCAUGCUAGAUCUUUGAACGCAUGAGAAACGUCUGCUUGCUUUGGUUUCUCGUGACAUAUUCCAUUUCUUGGCAAUGUUUUUGCAAGGCAACGAACAGCAGUGUAUUCAACGGCUUCAUCCGCUGCCAUGCUACACGAGAUGCUGAUAACGUCAAACACGCACGCACGCGCACGCUGAAGCUUGAACGCUAGAGCUUUGCUACAACACACACGUACUGUAUCUUGGUAGGAAGUACUUGUAUGACUUCUACACAAACUACUGAAAACACUUGAGAACCCCAACUAUUAACUUCAUCAUGAAAUGCUGAAGCUGACAGCACUUCAUCACUUCAUCACUUCAUCACUUCAUCACGUGGAGGCUGUAGGAGUGCAAUCACAUAGCGGCCGAGUGACACUGCAGAGACGUUAUUGGAACAAUGCAAACAAAUUAUAACAAACUGAAGAAAAAUUCCAGCGAUUGCAUUGAAAUGACAUCUAAAAGCAGCAAAUGCUCAAAAAAAAAAACAUAAUAAGAGACACUAAAGUCUAAAUAUUAGGAAAACUAUGUAAUACCUGCGUAAAUAUGAGAGGAACAAGCCUGUAAUCUCUGGAGGAAUAAAGUCUUAGUCUGAGCAACUUUACUUUAUUUUUUACAAGACUAAAGGGAUCAUUUACAAGCCAAAAAACGCCAGCAUUGGCUCUAAAUACCGUAUAUCGUUUACGAUUUUUAUCAAAAAAUACUUGAUCCUGUUAAUAAGACGGAAAGUGACCACUUUUUGGCGUAACACGUCUUCAUCCUCUUAUAGAUAGAAGUGUUUUUUCAAAUGAAGGCCAAUCAUUUUUAUGUACUGCUUUGAAAAAAGACACUAAACCAGUGGUGUCCAAAGUGCGGCCUGGGGGCCAUUUUCAGACCGCUGCUUUUUAAUAGGAGAAAAUGAGGUUGCGUGAAAAAUUAUGUUACAGAAUAAAGUCAAAAUAAAGUUCUAAUUACGAGAACAAAUUUACAAGAAAGUUGAAAUAGUUGGACACUUUUAAAGAACUGCAUCAAUGAAAAAACAGCUGGAAUUGUAGGAAUAAAGUCAAAAUAGAGAAAAGAUUGCAAUUUUACAAGAAUAAAAAAGUCAUUUUAUCAGCAUUGGCUUGAAGUAAAGAAAACAAAAGGUACUUUUCUAAGUGUUCAUAUUUUGAGAAGCUACACAAAAGUAAAGUUGGAAAAUGAGGUUGGGGAAUAUUCUGGGAAUAUUCUGGGAAUAUUCUGGGACUAAUGUGAUCAAGUGCAUCCACGUGAUGGAAAUCAUAAGAGUAGAAGAAUCCAUAAGAAGUUCAUGGAACACGCAUGUGCUUCACGCUUGGGGUCGAGGAGGGUGCUCAGUAUUUUGUGUACAAAAAGCAUUUAGCUGCGUUGUGUUGGUCCGUGCAUCAUCACGCAUGAAGGAAUCAUGUUUUCCAACACUGGAAGGUGUUUCUACGUGUGACCCCCCCUGUAGAAUCACCUCCAACGCUUUAGAACCUUUAAAAUCAACAAUAUGAAAGUAACCUUUUCAGAAUAAACACUUGUUAUACGUACGCACUCCUUGCUUUUGUGUCUUUUGUGUCGUCCACGGUGCCGCCGGGGGGGGUCAGUUGUGGCCGCCAGCUCAUUUGCAACUUGGGCGUCUUAGGAUACAACUCAAACAUUACAAAGAACAUUAGCUUAGCAUAGCAGAAGGGAGACGGCCGUUGCUGGCUAGCAGAAGUUCCCAGCUGAAGCGAACUUGAAGCCUCAUCCAAAUCGAAGACAGGUGUGACCCCAGGGAGCCAUUCUCCUCACCUCCGAGGGACGCAUAUCCAAGCAAAAUGUAGCAAGAAAACAAAUAAUAAAGCACAAACCAAAGCAAGUCUGGACAAAAUGUUUAUUAAAUGAUCCAAACAGUAAGCUAACAGUGCCAUCGAGCACAGCGGCAUGACUGUACUCACUCACGGCUACGCCACAUCCGCGUACGCCUCAAAAGGACAGAAAAAGAAAGAAUUGGCACAAAAGAAGCGCUUGAACGUUUAGCUGAGUGAAAAGAAAAAGAGUCAACGUUUAGUGCACAUGCCAACAGUGGCAGGAAACAACCGCUGGGGGGGCAAAGCUCAAAGAGACGAAGCAGACGCUGACGUCAGUGGAAGCAUCCGGUUUAGACUUGCAUUGAGGUGUCGCAUCAUUGACGUGUGCUGCAUUCACACCCGCUCACACCUGAGAUUGGGGGGGAAAGACCAAAAGACAAACCACUCCUGCAGGGGGGUGGAGCGCAUGGGGUACUCGGGGAAGGAAUAAGGCCAGGACCGUCACAUACCAACUACUGCUACAUCACAAUAACAAUCACCUCAACUCCUAAC